AGAGGAAUUUUUGCACGGAUGUUUCCAAUUGUGCCGGGCACAGGAACAUCAGAACUAUCUCUGGGAGAGCUCCUGGGGCACUGCAGACCCCUCGGAAUGAGAGGGGAGCCUUGACUCAGCCCUGAGCAUCAGCCUGGCUGUGGUUGAGGAUUAUAAGAGCUGUUUUGAUCAGGGGAAAAUUUCUGUUUUUAGCACAGGCAGCAAUUAAAAUAGCUCAGGAAUCUCAACGCCUCGGGGAGCUGUCAUAAAAGGAGGCAGAAAAACCAUCUUCUGGACUCCUCUGCACCAGAGAUGAGCCUGGAGGGAGCAGAGCAGAAGAGAGCCUGAGUUUCACCUGGUGAAAAAGGACAGCCCGAGACACCGAGGCGGACCCAGCGCUUGGAUCCCGGGAUGGCUGUGGAGGAUCUCCGGGCUCCGAGCACCCCUUUCUCGCUCUCCUUCUCGGGCAGUGGUUUCCUGGCCCUGUACCAGGUUGGGGUGGUGCAGUCCCUCCUGGAACUGGCUCCCGAGCUCCUCAAAUCUGCGUGCAAGGUCUAUGGGUCAUCAGCGGGGUCCCUGAUCGCCGCCGCCGUCGUGUGCGGGAUCGGGCUGGAUGACCUGAAGGAAUUUUUCUUUGCCCUGGCAGCAGAAGUCAGGAAAACCAUCCUGGGCCCCCUCUCUCCCAAGUGCAGCUUGCUGGCCAAUAUCAAGGCUGUUCUGCAGCGAAUGCUCCCAGAGGAUUCCUACCAGCUGGCUUCAGGGAGGCUGCACAUCUCACUCACACGGGUGGCAGAUGGCCAGAAUGUCAUGGCCUCGGAGUUCAGCUCCAAAGAGGAGCUCAUUCAGGCUCUCCUCUGCAGCUGCUUCCUUCCUAUUUACUGUGGAUUCAUCCCUCCAUCCUACCGAGGAGUGCGCUACGUGGACGGGGGGUUCACCGGCCUGCAGCCCGUGUCCAGCCUGGAGGAGCCCGUGAUCACCGUGUCCCCCUUCACCGGAGAGCUCGACAUCUGCCCCCGGGACUGUCCUGCCAUCUUCUUCUGCUUCCAGAUCUUCAAUGGCAGCGUCCAGAUCUCCAUAGAGAACCUCUGCAGGAUCAGCUACGCUCUCUUCCCACCCAGCACCAUGGUCUUGAACGACAUUUUCUCCCAGGGGUACCAGGACACUGCCCUUUUCCUGUACAGGAACAAUGCCUUUGGAUUCAACUACUUCGAUGGCAAUUUCCGCUUCGGCAGCACCUGUGGGAAAAACAACUCCACCCAAUCCAAGGGGACACACCCCGGCCUGUACAGGAGGAUCCCCGAGAGCCUGACUCCUUACUUCCUGCCAGGCUUGUGGAAGAAGGAGCAGAUGAAUGGACUGCAGGAUCCCCUGGCCAGGAUCCUGUUGCAGCCAUACAGGCUUCCAGCUUUAUUCAGGAAGGGGGUGAAGAAGGUGUGGGGGCUGCUGGAAGGUGUCACCUCCCUGGUACAAGGACUCCAUAAACUCCUCCAAACCUUGGUGCCUGGUUUGCCCAAGAGAGCCGUGGACAGGAGGUGA